UACGUCAGGCAUUAUCUAUAAAUGUGGACAUUAUAAACCCACGUCGUAAAGAUAAGAUCAGUUGAAGCUAGGUCGUUUUGAUUAGCCUAUAGAUCGCCUAACAAUGGCUUGUACAUCGCUACUAUUGGUUAUUUUUGGAAUUUCCUUGCUCCACACUUCAAGAGGAUUCUUAGCAUCAGCUAACGAGACAGUGAUAACUGAAACAAACGCCGGGUCUGGCUCGUGCCCUGUCCAUUGUAAAAUAAAGCCUUGUGUCGCACAGGUGGGAUGUUCUCUCUGCGAAAACGGUUUCUGUCUACACUACCAACGGAACGGAACCUCAACUUUAGGAAUCUGUUUGGCAUCCUGUCCAUCAGGUUUCUAUUGCGAACAAUUCCGGUUUUCAAUCUGCAGAGCUUGCAAGGACACGAAUUGUGAUACCUGUGAUUCUCGCGGAAAAUGCACGAAGUGUAAAAUUGGUUUCUCUCUUAUGGCCAGCGACAGCACCUGCCAAGUCGCCGCUACAACUCCCUCCUUGACCACCGCUACAAAAACUGCGGAUUCUACUUCAACUGACGCCAUGACGUCAUCUACUGAUAUAAUGUCGACGAUGGGCCAGGCAAUGUCUGCAUCAACACCGAAGGAUACGACAACAAAGCAAGCUGAAAUGACUACGACAGAUUCGAUGACGUCAGUAAAAAUGGUUUCAGGGGCGGCGGGGCCUCUCGUUGGCUAAUACAAUCUCUUUAAACAUGUUGCACAAAGACAUACACUUUGGAGUGUCUAUUUCAAUAAGUCAUGGUACCUAUAAAGCAAAAAUGUUGUUUUUCUAUUAAAGAUUGUGUUGAUAUUAUACAAUUUUUAAUGUCUAUCUUUUGGUACUAAAUGUACUAAACACACAAUGUUAUCAGAUUGUUGGACUAAAAAACCACUCAAUAGUCUUA